ACACCGCUGCUCCACUUUUUCUCCCCUUCAUAUUCACCACCAAUCCUCCCCAGCGUUCCAGACAAACCAUUCAUUCCCUCACUCUUCUCACUAUCUGCUCAUUCUCUUCUCUUCUCUUUAACUUGUCGUUUUCGCUUCUCUCUCCUUCAAUUUCUCUCUGGUUGUAACUACAAAACAAGGAGAUAAACAAAGGAAAUGGAGGCCUGAUUGGGAGGAGGAGGUGGCUGGAUUGUUUAUUAGAGUGUCGAUUCGUUAUUUUCUUCUGUAGUUGGGCUUGUUUGAUGGGUCUUACUUCUCUGCAAGUCUGCAUGGAUUCGUCUGACUGGCUUCAGGGCACGAUUCACGAGGACUCUGGCUUGGAUUCUUCUCCAUCUGGUGCUGACAUGCUGGCUUGCUCUAGGCCUUUGAUAGAAAGGAGGCUGAGGCCCCCUCACGAUCAGGCGCUUAAGUGUCCACGCUGUGACUCAACACACACUAAAUUUUGUUACUACAACAACUACAGCCUCUCUCAGCCACGCUACUUCUGCAAGACUUGUAGAAGGUAUUGGACAAAGGGCGGCACCCUGAGGAACAUUCCUGUUGGCGGUGGCUGCAGAAAGAAUAAGAAAGUUUCUUCUAAAAAAUCCAACGAUCAUCACCAGUCAUCCAUUAACCAAAACCCCGGAUCUUCAUCAUCACAUAAUCCCACUGAUCUUCACCUUUCAUUCCCCGAUAUGCAAUUCUCACACCUUGGAAACAUACUUAACUCUCAUGGUGCACUUGCUAACAACCCUAAUUUCAUGGAUGCUAAAUAUAAUGCCAUGCUUGAAAACCCAAGACCUAUUGAUUUUAUGGAGAGUAAGUUAGAAGCCAUAGUAGGUAAUUCUAGAAAUUAUGAUUUUAUGGGAAAUGGUCAUGAAUUGGGAAUGGUUGGUGGGAUUGGGGGUUUCAGUCAUGGACUGGCUCCAAACGUUCAUGGUCUUUGCUCCCCUUUUGGGAUGCCACUCGAUGGAAAUGGCGGAACUUUAAUGGACACUUGCCAGAGGUUGAUGCUUCCCUAUGAAGAUCAUGAAAAUGCCAUUGAUGUUAAACCAAAUACGAAGCUCUUGUCACUCGACUGGCAAGACCAAGGCUGUAAUUCUGAUCAGGUUGGAAAAGACACAUACGGGUAUUUAGGAAAUUUGGGAUCAUGGACCGGAAUGAUGAAUGGCUACGGCUCAUCCGCCACAAAUUCCUUAGUCUAAAUCAUAUGUGAAAUAUAUCUAAGGUCAUUUUAUUUUUGUAUGUUUGAUUGAGGAAAGGCAGCUGUCUUCAAAUAUAGUCAAUAGGAGUGUGAAUGAGAGACAUCCCAAGUCUCCAAAAAUGGCUGCCAUAAUUGGAUUUGCAUGCCUUAGUGUUGGCUUUGUAUUUUUGUUUGUUUUCUAAAUCAUCUUCUUACUAUCCAAUUUGGUGUCUUAUCACCAUGUAAGACAUUCAAAACUCUAGCAUUUUGUUGUAAUACCGAGGAAGAUAUAGCAGUGCUUCUUUAUAUUCA